GGAACGAGAUAUCGAAAUAAAUUUACGAUUUCUUCAUUAUCCCGUAUUGAUAAAGCUUGGUUUAUGUUUUUCACCUCCAACACCUGUCGAUUCUACAAAUACAGAGCAUAAAAAAUCAAAAGCUACAUAUUUUCCAUUAGUCAAUAUUCAAUAUGAUAUUUUAGAUUUUAUAAAGCCAUGCCCUGAAAGCAUUCUUCAACGAAUGCAGCAGGAACGGCAUUUUGCUAUCUAUCCUUCAGUACCUAAUUUUAUUGCACCUUUAGAAGGUGAUUUUUUUGCAACAAAAUUUGACUUUAAAAAAACUUUAGAAACUUUGAUCAAUGUAUCCGGUAGUGACAAAGAAAGAGAGGAAGCUCCAAUUACCGAUUUUAUAUCUUCGCUAAACUUGAACACGGCGAUUAUCAAGUUUUUCUUAAGGGCAAGUAGCAAUUCUUCAACCUCUAUGACUAGUCAAAAUGAAACAUUCGAUGAGACUUGCAUUGAUGGUACAUGGAAAAAGUGUUUGUCGGUGCUCCUUGGAGAAAAUAUUGAAACGUCGGAUCUUCAAGAGAUCAUAAAGACCGCAGAUCAUGCAAUUUUUAUAACUCCUUUGAAUCUUGAACCUGUUAUCCUAAAUUUAAAGAAAUUGGAUGAAUGUGAAAUUUCCAACCUUAUUCCACAAAAUUCUAUAGGUGUUGAACUAAAAAUAACAACCAAUUCUCCAGAAACUUUGUUAUUUGUUGAAGAAGCUUUGCUGGGGCGACUUGACGACUUUUCUACCAACACUACCAGUUCUGCUAACAAGAUGGAUGUUGGUGAGACCGUUCGACUUACAUUAUCUCAAAAAGUCAAAGAACAAUUGAUUAAUCUUAAAACUGAUC